UUGUCCACCAUGGCCACACCAGAAAAGGCCGUAAUCCUCUACAACCAUUGCCCUCCUCAAGAAAGCUAUCCAGCCAUUGAUGAGCUGGCUCGUCGUGGCUGUUCUGGACGGUUGACACUGGAAGUCUGUGAUCGUCAAAGUAAGCUAAACGGAGCAUGCCACACACACGAUGUGACAUCAUUGGCGGAAAAGCUUGGUUUUGCCUAUGCACAUGCUAUGCCGCCGUCAGCGGAUAUCGUUUCCCACAUAGAGCGUCUGAUGGCGCCGGAUGCACCACAAGACAUUCGCUGCUUAUUGAUCGACUUUACGAGCGAGGAUUCCAAGAAUUCGUGGCGACAAAUGGAUGAUAUGAUACAAUCAAGUUUGGACACCACACCGCAUCUUUUGAAGUGCGUGGUGAGCCCGUGCAAGGCGAUAGACAUGGAUGUCCUUGAACCUUCAUGGAGCGAUAUCAUUCCUCGACAAAGUUGUGUAAUGAAAAAUGGCGUCCAAGUAGCGGUGGAUCGGGAACAGAGGCUGAUGUGCUCGUACCUACAUGUUGGAUCCACACGGCAGGAUACAGUGACCCACUACAAUGCGGAAGAGAUAACGGCUCAAGGUUGUAACGCAACGAUACUGGCAUGGCACUUUUUGGCAGAAAUCGGUCAUAAACUGGGCUUCGUACCGAAAUAUGGCGCAUAA